GUGUCCCCUUGCGCUUGGCCUUUUUAUACGGACGUUUUCCUUCCUGCGGAUCGCAAUCGUUUCUCUUCUUUCUUCGCUCCAUUCCUCUGUUCUCAUCUCAUCUCCUUUGAAGUAUAUCUGAUCAUUCAGCUUCCCCAUCCAUCCGGUUCGACCAAGCAAUGGGUCGUCUGUGGACUGUCCUGGCGCACGCUCACUCCCUCGCCGGGCCGGUGCUGAUGCUACUCUACCCUCUGUACGCGUCGGUGAUGGCGAUAGAGAGCCCCUCCAAGAUAGACGAUGAGCAGUGGUUGGCUUACUGGAUCCUCUAUUCCUUCCUCACCCUCCUCGAGAUGCUCCUCCAGCCUCUUCUCGAGUGGAUACCCAUAUGGUACGAUGUGAAGCUCAUCUUGGCGGCGUGGCUGGUCCUCCCUCAGUUCAAAGGCGCGGCUUUCCUGUACGAGAGAUUCGUGCGAGAGCGCAUCCUGAAGAGGCACCUCAAGUCGUGCCCGACCUCCUCCUCCCCCAUUGGCAAUGGCAAACCCAAGUCCAAGAACAAGUUCGUCGAUUUCAUCACCCCCAAGAAAGGGGAGCACGAGGCGUAUUAAUCGGAGUAGGAGUCUCGGGGUUCUCGGCAAAUCCUAUCUGUGCUUUGAUGUUGUAAAAACCAUGUACAGCUACUGAUUGAAAGGCUUUAAUAGUACCAACAGCUUCUUCAUU